AUGACCGCCAGGGAGAAGGAGACUAUUCAGAAUCUACUCAACAGGUUGCCCCAGACCCAAGACAAGGAAAAAAUCACAGAAGAAGUGUUUGGGUCAACGACUGAGGCGACCCCCGAGCCUCCACUGCUCCGCAGACGACACUUUAUCAAGACCAAAGACGUGGUCUUCGACGAGAUGGUUGAGCAGAUGGGCGAAUGUAAAUCAAAGGCGGAGCUGCUGCAGUGGGCUCGCCAGCACGUCUUUGAUGAGUUCGAGAGAGUGCAAAAGUCCGACUCGAAACCCGACCAAGCCUUUCUCUUGCGGUACUCCAAACUAGUACCCAAGCUUAUGGAACAGUUCCGGGAGCGUUUUGGGGACCCGCACCUUACUCUCACCAUCUACAAGUAUGUCAAGGACCGAUCCGUAACUUCGUAUGUCCUCGGCUGCACGACGGCGACCUACAACGAACUUAUCGAAACGAUCUGGGACUCAUUCCGGGACUUGAAGACCAUCAAGGGGGUUUUGGAGGAAAUGAAGCUAAACAACGUCGCCGCAGACCGACAGACGGAGAAGGUUGUAGAGCGGGUGAACUACGAAGCAACGGAGGGUAAACUUUGGUUAGAUCGCAGUCCAGACGGGGACCAGUUGGCAUUGGCGGAGCUCACGAGGAUAUCGGAAUUGCUGAUGGAGUUAAUGACAUUUGGAGAGAGGAACAAGACCCUGCAACGCGACUGGAAACUCGCAAUGUCCGCGAAACGAGACAUCGACGAUUUUGGCUUCUAG